GUUCAGUAGCUGCCUGUCCCUCAUGCGACCUCUCACCCGGAGGCCGUUUCCGCAGGUAACGGCAGAAGUCCCGCCUUCCACGCUGGGCCCUGGGGGGCCGAGGCUAGUGUGCAGUGCGUGAUUCCCUCGAGGCGGUGGGAUUUGGGUCUUUUGCUUCUGGUUCUCCCCUGUCUGCUUGUCCCUUCUCCGUCCUUCAUCUUGGAAUCGGGAAGCGGCUCUUCCUCUUCCCAGCUUCCAACCCGUCCCAGGCAGGCAGGUCUCAGCGUAGAUGCUGUGAUCACCUCAGAAGAAAUUUCUUUGCCCUUUAUAGCCGCUACGGUUCUGGGGUGUCCGAGCCUCAGGGCUUUUUGUUGUUAUCCAGCCCGCAGCCCUCGAGCUGGGUCCUGGCCGGAGCAGCGCUCGGCCGCAGAUCGUGGCUCCUAGCCAUUCUGUCGGCCCUGCUCUCCCUAGCCACCUAUCUUUAUUUAUACCAGGCUGCUCCACAUUAACCUACCCCACGAUUUUUAUUUGAGGGAAAGCAGGCCAAGCGGUGGGAGAGGCAGAGGGAGAAGCAGACUCCCCUGUGAGCAGGGAGCCCGACGUGGGGCUCCAUCCCAGGACCCUGGGACCAUGACCUGAGCGGAAGGUAGAUGCUUAACAAACUGAGCCACCCAGGCGUGCCUGUAUUUGAUUGACUGAAGCCUUUUCAUUUUACAGAGAAAAUAUUUUAAUUUUUCUUCUGUUUUAAAUUUUCUGUUGAAGUAAAAUAAGCUACUAAGUAUAAAGAGCUACCUCUAUAGAACCUGAAUGAUAUUUGAGUGACAAUAUGUAUCCUAAAUCUCUAAAUUUUUAAAAUAGGGGUGUCUGCCUGGCUCAGUCAGAGGAGUGUGCAACUUCAAGCCCCACGUUAGCUGUAGCGAUUACUUAAAUAAUAAAUGCUUAAAAAUAAAUUAAAAUAGGAAAUUAUGUAUGUGGUACAAAAUCCAAAGGGUACAAUGUAUAAUAUACAAUGAAAAUAAGUCUGCCUGCCACCCUACCCCAGCCUUACUCCUCUACUGGUAAAGAUAACCACCAUCACCACUUUCUUGUGUAGCUUAGGUUUUAUUCAUAUUCAUAUGCAGUGUGUGUGUGUGUGUGUGUAUUCCUAAUUUAAAAAUAGUGAUGGAGAAUGCUACAUACAUGGUUCUGUUUUCAUCCAGUUAGCUAUAUUUCUUGGAGAUCGUCACAAAUCCACUGCCUCUUUUUUUUUUUUUUUUUAAUGGCAAUAGUAGCUACCCUUAAUUGGAUAUUUACUAUGUGCUGGAUGUUUUACAUAUCUUAACUUUUUUUUAUUAUAAAUUGCAAUGUGAAUACAGAAAAGUACAUGAAAUGCAAGUAUACAGUUUAAUGAAUAGUCAUUAAUAAUAUUUGUUAUUUAAUAAUCUAUAAUUUUAAAUAUAUGCUAUAACAUAUAUAAUAAAUGCUAUAAUUAUAGAAUUAAAAACAUAAAAAUAAUUUUAUAAUUUAAUCAAUAAAAUAAAUCCCUAGGUAUUUCAUGUCCAAAUUAAGAGAAAGAAUGUUGUCAGCACCAAGAAGUCCUCACUUUUUCACCCUAUCCGAUUCUAAUUCCUCUUCCAUAAAAAAAGUUAACUUUUCUUUAUUGUUCCAGUCUUUAGAAUUUUACCAUUUAUCAUAUUAGCUUCUGUCCUAAUUACUAUAGCUUGAUAUCCAGUAGAACAUGUUCUUCCACCUUAGGAGUGUCUUUUGCUUUUCUUGGUACUUGUAUUUCCAUAUAUACUUUAGAAUUAGCUUGUCAAGUUGGCAAAACAAACCUAUUAUAUAUUGUUAAGUAAGAAAAGUAAGUUAUUUAACAGUAUGAUAAUACUAUGCCAUUAUUUUUAAAUAUGCUUUACAAGGUCUUAAAUCUCAAUUUCUAUAUUCUAGAAUUUUAAAAAAAUUGCAUGAAUUUAGUAUUUAAUAUUUAUUGGAAAUGAAUAAUUUUGUUCUGAAAUGAUAAAUUAUGUUACUUCAAGAUGAUGAAAUGUGGCUAUUAAAAUUAUUGAUACCUAUGAUUUUCAAAGAGUAAAUUGUAAGUAUGUUACUUUUUUGUCUACUUUUCUUGUUAUUUAAAAAAAAAAUCCCUGUUUAUCUAUCAGGAAUUUACUGAGCUUGAAAAAUCUUUAAGAACUAAAACUAAAAGUAAUACGGAAGAGAACUGCCCACAGUCCACGCACCAGCCAGCUCCGUUAUGGCGACCCGAAGCCCCAGCAUUGUGAUUAGUGAUGAUGAACCAGGUUAUGACCUAGAUUUAUUUUGUAUACCUAAUCAUUACGCUCAGGAUUUGGAAAAGGUGUUUAUUCCUCAUGGAUUAAUUAUGGACAGGACGGAACGGCUUGCACGAGAUGUGAUGAAGGACAUGGGAAGCCAUCACAUCGUAGCCCUCUGUGUGCUCAAGGGGGGAUAUAAAUUCUUUGCUGACCUGCUGGAUUACAUUAAAGCACUGAACAGAAAUAGUGAUAGAUCCAUUCCUAUGACUGUAGACUUUAUUAGACUGAAAAGCUACUGUAAUGACCAGUCAACAAGGGACAUAAAAGUAAUUGGUGGAGAUGAUCUUUCAACUUUAACUGGAAAGAAUGUCUUGAUUGUUGAAGAUAUAAUUGAAACAGGCAAAACAAUGCAAACCUUGCUUUCCUUGGUCCAGCAGUAUAAUCCAAAGAUGGUCAAGGUUGCAAGUUUGCUGGUGAAAAGGACUCCUCAAAGUAUUGGAUACAGACCAGACUUUGUUGGAUUUGAAAUUCCAGACAAGUUUGUUGUAGGAUAUGCCCUUGACUAUAAUGAAUAUUUCAGGGAUUUGAAUCAUGUUUGUGUCAUUAGUGAAAGUGGAAAAGCAAAAUACAAAGCCCAAGAUGAGAGUUCUGGAAGCAUCUAGAGUCCCAUUUAAAUCAAUAGUAAAAUGGUUAAAUGUUCUAGUUCUGUGGCCAGCUGCUUAGAGGGGCUUCUUGCAUGUAUCUUCUAAGAAUUUUAUCUGUUUGGUAUGUUUGUUAGAAAUGUCAUUUGCUGCAUUCCUAAAGUCUUUAUUUGCACUAUGAGCCUCUAGAGUAUCAGUUCCGUUUGGGUGGAUUGUUUAACUUAUGAAUGAAAAAUCUCUUCAACCACACCACUGUUGGAUGAAAAUAUUGAAAUUGUAUUUGUCGGAAACAUUUAAAGAGAAGAUAUAUUCAUUUUUAAUUGGCAUUUUAAUUUUUAUGUAUUCAGGAAAAAAACAGAAGUGAUUGAAUAUUGUUGAUUAUGCCACUGUGUUUAAAGAAGCAGUCAGUUUUUGUAUCAAUGACAGCAUUUAAGAGGCAUUGUUUUGUUGGAUAAACCAUGUGUCCUUGAAUUAUUUUAGUGUUUCAGUAGUAUUAACUUUAUUUUUCUGCUUGUUCAGAUUAUUUCUGGUGAAUCUUUGUCAACAGUUUAUUUUAAAUACAAAUCAAUAAAUUCCAAAAUACCUAAAACAAUAAAAGUAAUACGAGAGAACAUCAAAGGUCAGUGAAAGAUAAGUUUAAGAUACAUUACAUUGGGGUGCCUGGGUGGCUCAGUUGCUAAAGGGUCUGCCUUCAGCUCAGGUCAUGAUCUCAGGGUCCUGGGAUUGAGUCCCAUGUUGGGCUCUCCACUUACUGGUGACUGCUUCUCCCUCUGUGACCUCUAUUGCUUUCACUGUCUCUCAAAUGAAUGAAUAAAAUCUUUUUAAAAAAGAUAUAAUUACAUAAAGAUAUUUCAUACGUUAUAGUCAUAGGUUAAAACGAAUACAAGUAAUAUACCAAAAUGUGAUGUUGUGUUAACAUGACAGCUCCCAUCAGUCUGGACAUGCCCGAUACUGAUAGAAAGAUAAAGUAUUUUUUUGUUUUGUUAAGGCUUGAACUCAUGACCCUGAGAUCAAGAGUCGGGCACUUACCAGCUAAGCCACCAAGACACCGUGGAAGGAUGAGGUUUAUAGUAGAUUUCACUGUGCUGAAGUACAAGUUGCCUAAUUUAUGACUCUGUUCUACAGGCGUCUUUUUCCUCAUUUUCAGUAUUCUCAAGUUUCAGGCUUUUAUCUGUUGCCCUCAACUUAGCCAAUAAUUAAAAAUUCUUUAGCAAAUGUUACAAAAUCAUAUUGACUGAAUUGCCUGGGCCUUGGAAGAAUCCCCAGGUGAAUGAGGGGCCCUAAAUCAUAAUCUCCAUCAGCUUCAUAGUAUCUCCACCUCUGAAUGCUGCUACUAUUUCUGAGCCUGCCAGUGGGGGCCAGUGUAGGACAACCAAGGGCCCAGAAUAUGGAGUAAGGUUAUGCUUGUAAUCUUGUCCUUUGCUUGCAACUGGGCUGUUCCAAAGGGCAAAAAGCAUUUUAUAAAUAUCUGCCACCUGUGUCAAACAGCUUCCCUGCAUGUGUUUCUGGAUUUUUUUGUUGUUGUUUUACAGAUUACCAGAGCUUAAAAAAAAAAAAGUUUUCCCUUAAAUAUUUUUUGAACUA